UUCCAUUUCAAUAAUUUCGAUUUCCUUGUUUGACUCUAAACUGGUCUUAAUUGGUUGUCUGAUGAGAAUGGAUUCCUGUCGUGAUCUGCUGCUGCGGCUAAUGUCGACGUUCUUGGGAAUAGUUGCGUUUGGGAUGUUGACGGCGGCGGCGGCGGCGGCGACUAAAGUUCGGCCGCCACGCACUUUCCACGCCGGUGGAAAAGAUGGGUGGCGCUUGGUGCCUGAUGAUGGGUUGAACCGCUGGGCUGAGUCACAGCGCUUCCGAGUCAAUGAUACCAUCAUUUUCGAGUACGAGAAGGGGAAGGAUUCGGUGUUGGUGGUGAGGAAGAGGGAGUACUACCACUGCAACGCCACCAGUCCCAUCCACAACCUCACGGACGGCCACUCCGCCCUCAAGUUCACCCGCCACGGCACUUUCUACUUCAUCAGCGGAUUUGCCGAUCAUUGCCUCAAGGGCCAAAGGCUUGCCGUCACCGUCAUGUCUCCUUAUCUUCACCAUCGCCACGCCACCAAAACCCCACCUCCACCCUCCCCCUCCCCUGCCCCACAGGUUCCCCCGCCGGCUCCAGCAACCCAGACCCCGCCGCCUGCUACCCCGGAUUCGAAGCAGCCGCCGCCGGCAGGAGGUGAUGGAUGGGUGGUGGCCCCAGCACCGGCUCCCAAGAACUCAGGGCAGAGCUCAGUAUUCAUUUCUUGGGGCGUUACUAUGCUGGCAGGGUUGUUUGUUUGCCUGGUUUAAGGAUCCGUUUGUACCCGGCCCCUUUAAUAAUAUGCUCUAAUCAUUUGGUUGUCGGAUUAUAUUCAAGACUUCUAUUUGUCUGGUUUCAAGUUGAAAUAUGAUGGUCUAAGGCUAACCGUAACCCAACCCGUUAAUAAAUCUAAUUCCUCUUCAAUUUA